UGGCUUCAGUAAGAGUUUGAUUGACAGCUGAUUCAUAAGACCCUGCCCCUUUUCAAUGACGGCUUCUCAGAUGGUUUUCAGAUGAUCAAAGGUGUUUUUCAAAUUGCUGCAAAUGAGCUACAGAUGGGCACUUCCAUCUACAUACUUAAUCAUUUCACAGCAGGUGUCAUUCUCUUUGGCGACAGAGAGCAUGUUGCCAGGCACUGUUUGUCAAAGUACGUAAAUGCAGUCAACCACACCGUCUAUUUGGUGGAUCCUGCAAACUGUUCCACCGAGGAGGCAGAAUCAAAACUGGCAGCCACAAAAAUCCGAGAGUACCUGAAGAUGAGGAGAAGCCGUGGGAAAACUGAGUGGAUGGACAAAAAAUGGACCGGAGGAGUUCUCACACAUCCAACUCAGAGGGAUGGCAAUAACUGUGGUGUUGUGGUCAUCAUGAAACUAAAGCUCUGCAAACCUGUGGUGAGGAAGUUCAAGAAGUGGACCAGUGAGGCUCUGGAGGAUCUACGGGCGUGCUUGGACUGUACUGACUGGGAUGUCUUCAGGACUGCUACCAACAGCCUGGAUGAGUACACAGAGACUGUAACUUCUUACAUCAGCUUCUGUGAGGACAGCUGUAUUCCAUCCAGCUCCAGGGUGAGUUAUAACAACGACAAACCCUGGUUCACAGCGGAGCUCAGGAAGCUAAGACUGCAGAAGGACCAGGCAUUCAGGAGUGGGAACAAGGACCUGUACACAGAGUCAAAAUACAGGUUUAGCAAGGCGGUGAGAGAUCCUAAACGACUGUACUCUGAGAAACUGCAACACCAGCUCUCAGCAAACGACUCUGCUUCUGUCUGGAGAGGGCUCAGGCAGAUCACCAACUACAAGCCCAAAUCAACCCACUCCAUGAACAACGUGCUUCUGGCAGACGACCUGAAUGAGUUCUACUGCCGCUUUUGAAAGACAAUGGAGCAGUCCUGCGGCCAUCCCCCACAGCUCACACCUCACACCUCUGUAGCAUCCUCCACCUCCCCAGCGACGACCCUCGCCAUUCUGGAGAGAGACGUCAACAGGCUGUUUUAAAAAGCAGAACCCCCGCAAAGCAGCGGGCCCGGACUCCGUCUCCCCCUCCACCCUGAAGCAUUGUGAUGACCAGCUGUCUCCGGUGUUCACCGACAUCUUCAACACCUCCCUGGAAACAUGCCACGUUCCAGCCUGCUUCAAGGCCUCCACCAUCAUCCCCGUCCCCAAAAAAACCUAAGAUCACAGGACUCAAUGACUACAGGCCCGUCGCCCUGACCUCUGUGGUAAUGAAGUCCCUUGAACGCUUGGUCCUGUCACACCUCAAGACCAUCACCGACCCACUCCUGGACCCCCUGCAGUUCGCCUACAGAGCCAACAGGUCUGCAGACGGCGCAGUCAACAUGGCCCUUCACUACAUCCUCCAGCGUCUGGACUCCCCAGGAACCUACGCCAGGAUACUGUUCGUGGACUUCAGCUCUGCUUUCAACACCAUCAUCCCGUCCCUGCUGCAGGACGAGCUCUCCCAGCUGCACGUGCCCGACACCACCUGCAGGUGGAUCACAGACACAGGAAGCAGCACGUGAGGCUGGGGAAACUGGAUCUGGGCCUCCACUGACAAAUUGGAUCCAAUGUGACACAUGCCAGAAAUGGUUCCACGCACAAUGCUUGAACAUGGACACUGAAAGCCUGAAGAGAACCAGGGCAGGCAGUUGGAGCUGCACUUUGUGCCUUUAAUUCACAAUCUAUCUUCACUGAAUUACUUCAUUGCCUGCAAUAGAAGUAUUUUUGCACUUUGUUAUGUAAAAGUUAUUAUGUUGUUUUACUAUUUAAUUUACAUAUGUUCUCAUUAUUGAAUAAUCUAUU